GCAGCAGCCGCAUGUACUCUGGAUGUAGGUGACAAUGAUGUGCCACCAGCAGUAUUCCCACAUCUAGCAGCAGAGCCUGGGAUCCUGUGAGCAGCUGGGGAGGGUUUUGCUGUGAUCUGGAUCGCAUGGUCGGAUUGACUUGGGGCUGCAGCUCUCUACCUUCUUGUUGAUUUGCUUUGCCUCAGCGCACAGAGCCAUGAAUCCAGACUUCAGGAGCUGGGUGCUGGCCACUGUCACCUUGUUAGUGGUUCUUCUUAUCCUGGCGGAUAUAUCUGAACUCGAAGAGGAUGAGAUCGGGAGUUCUGGAGGGAGAGGUACAAUUAGAUCAGCGGUGGAAAGCUUGCAUAGCAAAUCUAAUAGAGUUGAAUUUGCACUAAAUGACUCAUCCUCUCCAGCUGUUGGUGACAGAAAUAACGAAAGUAUUAAGUACCUCGUCAAACCAACACCGUACAAAUGGAAGCACAAUCAGACUCUAUCUCUGAAGAUCAGAAAACAAAUAUUGCAUUUUCUGGAUGCCGAGAGGGACAUAUCUGUUCUGAAAGGAACUUUGAAACCAGGGGAUAUCAUACACUACGUUUUCGACCGAGACAGUACAAUGAAUAUAUCGAAGAACCUGUAUACACUUUUACCAAGAACUUCUCCUCUCAAAAACAAACACUUUAAAACUUGCGCCAUUGUUGGAAACUCUGGAAUUCUGCUCAAUAGUGGCUGUGGACAAGAAAUUGACUCACAUGACUUUGUCAUAAGGUGUAAUUUGGCUCCUGUUGGGGAAUAUGCUCAAGAUGUUGGCUUGAAAACCAACUUGGUAACAAUGAACCCUUCAGUGAUACAGCGUGCCUUUGAGGAUCUUGUCAACGACACAUGGAAAGAGAAAUUCUUGCAGCGCCUCAAGAGCCUGAAUGAAAGCAUUCUAUGGAUUCCAGCGUUUAUGGCUAAGGGUGGAGAGGAACGAGUAGAAUGGGUGAAUGACCUCAUUAUUAAGCAUCACAUCAACGUGCACACAGCCUACCCUUCCCUGCGACUUCUCCACGCUGUACGAGGAUACUGGCUGACAAAUAAGGUGCACAUAAAGAGACCUACUACUGGAAUCCUCAUGUAUACUCUAGCCACCCGCUUCUGCAACAGGAUCUACUUGUAUGGGUUUUGGCCGUUCUCCAGAGAUCUCCACCAGAACCCUGUAAAAUAUCACUACUAUGACAGCCUAAAGUAUGGAUAUACAUCACAGGCAGGUCCACACUCCAUGCCCUUGGAAUUUAAAGCAUUAAAAAAUCUGCAUUUGCAAGGGGCAUUGAAACUUACUGUAGGAGAGUGUGAAGCAGCAACAUAGCAGAUCUAAUACGCUGCUACGCACAUCAAAAACAUUUGGGAUACAAGGAUGUAAGCGAUACAGUAAUUGUCUAAAUAUGACAAGGCUCCAAAAGUUUUGUGGAUUUGAAGGGAGCAUCCAGGCCAAGGUCUCCAGAUGAACAAAGGAGAAUAUUAUGGGUGCCAAGAAUGUGCGGAAUAUCUUAGACUGUACUUUUAUUCUUCAGCCCUCAGUCAAUAAUGCAACUUUAUAGAUAUAUUCUACAGCACCACUGCAAAUAAUGGUGUACAAUGGACUUCUUGUUUGAGACAGUUCUGGUCAGGCAAAGUAUAAAACAUUAUUACAUUAAUUAUCUCUCCUCCUUCUAAGACUCCCCUUUAGUAAUAAGAAUUGGGGCUAGAAAACAAAUGUCUGAUAUGAAGUUUGGUUCCACCAGCUGCAUCAUUUUCCCUUAUGUUUCCAACUCAGAUUUUAAAGAUGUAUUGUUCUUAUAUGUUUGUUUUACACAUUUUCUACUCACAUCUCUUAGCUUAUUUCCCCUGGCUCAGUGUUACAUGGAGUAAGCACUUAUACCUCUUAUGGUAUUCUAAGAAAUACAUAUCUAUUGUGCACAUGAAGAGUCAAAAGACUGAAAGAAGCUCAUAAUUCAAACUUUGCCAUGGGUAUAUAUUUAUAUUACUAGUAGUGUAGACUGGAACUUUGUACCUGUAAUUAACUAGAAAUAUUGUAUGUUUGGGCCAACUCAGAAAAUGACCAGGCAAAAAUGCUUGAAAUGUGUAGCAGACAUGCUUAGCAGCAGAUGAGGACAAAGGUUAACUAUUCCAUAAAACAAGCUACUAAUUAUAUAAUACAGUAUUUGUCUCCUUUCUUUGCACUUGUCAUUUAAUCCCUUUUAUUAAGGAUAAAAUAGAGCUCCUCAUAGCUUUAUGAUUUCACGUUGUCAUGUCAGGAUUCUAUUAAACUAGUACCAAACCAUUAUAUUCUAAAUCUUCAAAAAGGACAAAUAGUCAUGAUAACAUUUCCUUAAAAAGCAGAACAUUAUAAAGAGUGACUGACAGAUUCAGCUAGUUUUGUCAGUUGUUUUAUGUGUGAGUUCAUGCAUUUGAUGUCAUGUCAAGCUGUUUAUAAAGGUUCAUGUCACAGAGUUGUCAAGCUGUAUAGAAGCCACUGAAUUCUGGAACAUAUUUGCAAUGAUCUUGGCCAGGGUGUGCCUAACCUUGUUUGAGCAUUGAUUGUGUUAGUUUGUUGUUUGUGAAGCUGAAUAACGAUGCACUAAUAUUUGUAAUGUACUUAUGGUUGAAGAUACUUUGUGGUUCUUAAAAAUUUUGGACAAUAAAGUGGACUUUAAUCUUU